AUGGGCAAUACGACAAGUGCUGUAGUUCAGCAAUGCUUGCUGAAUGCUGUGGGAAACGACGCGUCUCGAGUAGCUUUCCCGACAACUCUGCUUUAUGAAACAGUCGACGUGAAUCCGUAUAACCUGGACUAUCCAGUGACUCCGGCUGCUGUCACAUUUCCUGAGUCUGCCGGCCAAGUAGCGGCUAUAGUCAAAUGCGCCGUGAAUGCAGAUGUCAAGGUGCAAGCCAAAAGUGGCGGUCACAGUUAUGCCAAUUAUGGACUCGGCGGCGAAGAUGGAGCGAUUGUCGUUGACAUGAGACAUUUCCAACAAUUUUCAUACGACCCAACCACUCAAUAUGCGACUAUCGGUGCUGGAACAUUGCUCGGAGAUAUCGAUACAAGGCUUCACGAUGCUGGUGGCCGUGCCAUGACUCACGGCACCUCGCCCCAGGUUGGCAUUGGUGGACAUGCCACGAUAGGAGGGCUUGGACCGACUGCUAGACAAUACGGAAUGGCAUUGGACCAUGUCGAAUCUGUCCAAGUUGUGCUGGCUAAUUCUAGCAUCGUGACUGCAUCAACUAUCGAGUACCCGGAUAUUUUCUAUGCUAUUAAAGGCGCUGGUGCAAGCUUUGGCGUUGUCACUGAAUUCACAGUUCGCACAGAAGCUGAGCCCGGCAUUGCCGUCCAAUAUCAAUUCACUUUCAAUCUCGGAGACACAAUUUCACGUGCCAACACAUUUAAGGCAUGGCAACAAUUUGUGUCUGAUCCCACCAUACCCAGGGAGUUUUCAUGCCAACUUGUCUUAGCUGAAGGUUUACUAUUGAUCGAGGGCGAAUUCUUUGGAUCACUCGCUGAUUUCGAAGCCUUUCAACUGGAAAGCAAAUUUCCCGCCAACCAAGGCUACAAUGUCACAGUAUUCAACGACUGGCUUGCCCUCGUCGCAGCGUGGGGUGUUCAGUUAGGUGAAGAUCUCACUGGCGGAAUUCCAUCCCAUUUCUACAGCAAAUCGCUUCCUUUCACGAACACCACUCUCAUCCCGGAUGGCGUUGUCGAUGAAUUCUUCGAGUAUAUCGACACAGCAGACAAAGGCACGCUGCUAUGGUUUAUAAUUUUCGAUCUUGAAGGAGGCGCAAUCAGUGACGUCCCCGUACAUGCAACCUCGUACGGCCACCGAGAUGCGCUGUUCUGGCUACAGUCAUACGGCAUCAACCUUCUUGGCCAUGUAUCCGCCACAACCAAUACCUUUUUGAAUCAAGUCAACAAUAUUUUCUACACUGGAAUGCCGAAUGCGAUUUUUGGUGCCUAUCCUGGAUACGUAGAUCGAGAAUUAACAAAUGGGCCGGAGCAGUACUGGGGUCCCAACCUGAACACUCUAAUAGAGAUCAAGUCUGCUGUUGAUCCUCAGGAUAUCUUCCACAAUCCACAGAGUGUUCCGCUACAAUGA